CUUAAAUGCUUCGUAAUUAACAGACACAGCCAAACUUGGAAAAAAAACCUUAAGGUUGCAGAUGAAAAAAAGUUGCUACUAAAUUUUAAGUGGGGAAAGAACUAUCUUGUGUCCUUUCGCGCUCACCACUUGGCAUUCGGAACAAGGACGUUUAGAUAUGCUUUGGAUGUUAAGUGUUUUUUUUAAUUAUAAAAGUUAACAAAUGCGGAAAAAACAGCAUACAAACACCAGCAGGAUUACGCAUGUGGUAAACUAAGGCAGUGCCGGGGUGUUUCAGGUGUGUGCGCUCCGUGUAUUCCUAGGCGGGUCAGGUGUGUGUGCUCCGUGUAUUCCUACGCGAGUGGGUAGCUGGGUCUUUUCUUCGUUCACCAGUUUAUUUCCUUGCAGACGGAAUAGCACUAUACUGUAAUUGUUCCUUAAUAUAUCAAUCGCAUUGUUUAAAAUCCGCUCUUCCAAAACACGCCUUAUAAGAGAAUGUACUUAAUGUUCGACAAUCAUCGCCACCAUUUGGCCGCAAAGAGCAACUACACAAAACGUUUUCAAAAUCGUAUUCAGUGUAGUUCGUUAAGAAAUGACAUUGGCUUCCAUGUUCUGCUUUGUUCUACUUAUUCAUUGACCAACACUUUUAUGUGGAGCAUAAUUAUAUGCAAAGCUAAUAUGCACAACUAAUGCAAGUAUGUUACGCCAAUACACUAAUACAAUAAUGAAAACAAAAUACGACUAAUAGAGCGUUGUGCCAUAUUUAGCCGCGAAGGACACGGCAUUUUUUUGCAUUGCAAAGCCGAUAUAUGCCUCCGUCGUACCGCAUAGCCGGGGGGUUGUUCCGGAAACUACAGUGGUAAAUAAUGUCUUAUCGCUGUUACAUCCCUACUGACCACCGGGACACAAAUACCAUUGAUGAUACCGCAAAGGUUGUAUUCCUGUGUAACCUCUGCGCGAAAGUCUGCAAAUCCUAACUUCCAGCUAUUUAUUUCUGUAAUCGCCGCCGUAUGUGUGUGUAUGUGUGUACACGUCAUUUCCUGUUUGUGCUCCUGCGGAAUACAUAUUUUCUCUAAAGGCCUGCUGGUACCGUGCUUUAGGGUUAAAUUAAGGAAAACGGAGAAUAAUAUAAUUGUAUCGCUACCUAAAAGACAAGUGGGAAAGCGGAAGCACAGCCUGCGCUUACCGACCUACAGAGAACGACGAACAACUGCAGCGAGAAACUGCUGGGAGUACAUCAAGACAUGGAGGCCGCGGUACUUCAUUCUGAAGAGCGAUGGCUCCUUCAUUGGCUACAAAGAGAAACCAGAAAUGUCUGACAUCACCAUGCCCCCCCUCAACAACUUCUCUGUGGCAGAAUGCCAGCUGAUGAAGACGGAGAGGCCACGGCCGAACACCUUCGUCAUCCGCUGUCUGCAGUGGACCACCGUCAUCGAGCGCACCUUCCACGUGGACAGCAAUGACGAGCGGGAGGAAUGGAUGCGGGCCAUCCAAGCAGUGGCCAAUGGCCUGAAGACACAGGAAGAAGAGGAACCCAUGGAUGUCAAGUUCGGCUCUCCCAGCGACUGCAGCGGGAUGGAGGAGAUGGAAGUGUCUGUGUCCAAGUCUCGAUCCAAAGUGACGAUGAAUGACUUUGAUUACCUUAAGCUGCUGGGAAAGGGGACCUUUGGCAAAGUGAUCCUGGUCAAGGAAAAAGCCACAGGGAUGUACUAUGCAAUGAAGAUUCUGCGCAAGGAAGUUAUUAUCGCAAAGGAUGAGGUUGCGCACACGGUGACUGAGAGCAGAGUCCUGCAAAACACCAGACACCCCUUUCUCACGACACUGAAGUAUGCAUUUCAAACACAUGACCGACUGUGUUUUGUCAUGGAGUACGCCAACGGAGGAGAGCUCUUCUUCCACCUGUCCCGGGAGCGCGUCUUCACCGAGGACCGGGCCCGUUUUUACGGCGCCGAGAUCGUGUCGGCCCUGGAGUACCUUCAUUCGCGCAAUGUCGUCUACAGGGACCUCAAGCUUGAGAACCUCAUGCUGGAUAAAGACGGCCACAUCAAGAUCACAGAUUUUGGCCUCUGCAAGGAGGGCAUCACGGACGGGGCCACCAUGAAGACCUUCUGUGGCACGCCAGAGUACCUAGCGCCUGAGGUUCUGGAGGACAACGACUAUGGGCGAGCGGUGGACUGGUGGGGGCUGGGAGUGGUCAUGUAUGAGAUGAUGUGCGGCCGGCUGCCCUUCUACAACCAGGACCACGAGCGGCUCUUUGAACAGAUCCUGAUGGAGGAGAUCCGCUUCCCCAGGAACCUGUCGCCUGAGGCUCGGGCGCUGCUGGCCGGGCUGCUCAAAAAGGACCCCAAGCAGAGACUUGGGGGCAGCCCUGACGAUGCCAAAGAAGUGAUGACCCAUAAGUUCUUUGUAUCCAUAAAUUGGCAGGAUGUCCUGCAGAGGAAGCUCAUCCCACCAUUCAAACCCCAAGUGACAUCAGAGACGGACACACGCUACUUUGAUGACGAGUUCACAGCACAGACGAUCACUGUCACACCCCCAGAUCAGUAUGAUAGCUUGGAUGGUGAAGACCCUGAUCAGCGCACACACUUUCCCCAAUUCUCCUACUCUGCCAGUGCCAGCAUACGGGAAUGAUGGUCUCUCUCACACACACACACCACACUCAAUCACCUGUGGUGAUGCAAUAAAGAUUUAAAAAAAAAAAAAAAAAAAAAAACGGAAACACUCACUGAUCCGGAAGUGACUGACGGAUGAAUGAGCAAGCGGCUGACCUCGCCAGCAUGACCUGGGCGUCUGCACUGGGAGCUGCCUGUGGAUCCCGCCGCCUGCUCCCAUCGCACUAAAUUACACACAGCAGCGCACAAGCAGCCUGGCAGCAUGUGAGCUUUGGAGGGUGUGGCCAUUGUGGUACACGCCCCCUUCUCCAGCAGGUUAGCCUCACACAAGCAGGAAGUCCCACCUUAAGCAAAAACCUGAUAUUUUAAAAUAUUUUAACUUUUUUUUUUUUUUUUUAAUUCUGCAUGGGCGGGGAGUUUUACACUUCCUCCCCUUUUGUCUGGUUGCUGAGGUUCUAAGCCAUAUUUCUGCAGUUUCUACAAGUGCUCUUUCUGGAACUAGCUGUUACCAAUAGUAUUGAACUUUUUAUUGGGAAAGCAAGUGGAUUAAGGAAUGUAACUUGUGUGUUUGUGUGCUAGAAAGAUUCUCUAAAUGUGCAGCUGGGGGACACUACACACCAAAAGUUCGAGCUUUAAA